AUGAAUGUCAAAAAAUACAUGAAGUUCAAUAUACUUGAUGGAAUCAUUGAUGUUUUAAAUCAAAAGGAGAAAUUUAGAAUGAAACCUCAUAUUCAAAUACAAAAUACUUCCAAUAACACGACAAUUAUACAAAAGGAGGAAUCAUAUUUAACAAAAAUUGCAGAGCUUAAGAAAUCAAGUGAUUUUAGGGGUGUUUAUCAACUCCUUGAUGAACUUUCCGAGAAAGAAGAUCAUGAAAUGAUAACAAAGGCUUGUGAUGAAAGACUUUGGAGAAAGACAAAUGGUUUGAAUAAAUCUAAUGUUCUCCAUGUUGCAUGUGAUGAAGGAAAUCUCCGACUUGUUAAAUCCCUCAUCGACUGUGGUUGUGAUAAAGAAGUAAAGAAUAAUGAUGGAUAUACUCCUCUUAUUAUUGCAUCAAGUAGUGGUAAACUUAAUGUUGUGAAAUAUCUUGUCUCUAUUGGAGCUAAUAAAGAGGCAAGGGAUAAUUUUGGAUGUACUCCAUUCUCAGUUGCAACAGGUAAUGUUAAGAAAUACCUAAAAUCUAUUGGGGUAAAGUAA